AUGGAGAUGGUAUUUGAAAGCGGCAACUACAGCAACAAGCAAAACGUGUUUGUAGUCAAACAACUAAAGACCGGCGUUUUAAGUUGGUGGGAGAAAACUGGGCAUUACGGCAAAGAGUGUACAUCCAAAAAGAGGGUGGGUUACAGAUGUAAUGAAGAAUGGCAUAUUCCUAGGGACUGGCCGAAAAAGAAAUUGGCAGCGAGGCCAAAGGCAAGAGCAUUCCAGAUGAACCUGGAAGCAGCAAGGGAUGAAGCAGAUGUCGCUUCAAGUAUCUUUCUUGUAAAUGGAUUGCCUGCCAAUGUAUUAUUUGAUUCGGGAGCUAAUCACUCCUAUAUAUCACGUAAAUUUGGUGGAAGACUAGCGUUGCCUGUAAAUAAACUUGAUAGUGCUCUAGUUGUAGAAGUUGUUAGUGGCAAACUCAUACAUGUUAGCGAUUCCAUUAAAAACAUCAUUAUUGACUUAAACGAGAAUAAAUUUCAUGAGGAGUUACCCAUUGAGUUGAACGGUUUUGACAUAGUACUAGGAAUGGAUUGGCUGAGUGCGAACGAUGCCGAGAUACUAUGUAGGAAGUAG